AUGGCGCAAGCCAGCAACAUAGACACGACGGUUGCUUUGCCACGCCUCGAAGACCUCCUCCGCCACCCAGAAGAUCUAGACAAGAUCAGUGGUCUAAAGGCCGAAUACCUACGAAAGAAGGCAGCUGUUGAUUCGCAGCUCCGCGAAGGCCUCCGAGACCAGCUUGAGGCGGUCCAACGCAGCAUCGGUGCCUUGACAGAAGGUCAGCGCCAAGUGUCCAAAACGAAAGAUGAGCUUCAAGGAAUUGAUAAGCUGUGCGCCGAGUCGCAAGAUAGCGUGGAGGACUUCGCGCAGAUCGAUCGGCUUGCGCGGAUCCAACGGCACUUCGACGCUACGCUCAUGAUGAAGCGCGGAUUAGAGAAUUUCGGCGCAGACAUCCAGGAGGUGGAGGAUUUGCUCAGGGAAGACGACGAUGAUAUGGAGAAUCAGCCUAAUAUCCUCCGCGCUCAUAUGCAGAUCUCGCGAUUACGGGAUUUCCGCGACGAGGCUAUGGAUCAGAUUACCAAGGCUCAGGAUCAAAGCAGUGAAGAGACGCUUGAGGAGUACUUUGAAGGCCUAGACUCUGUUAUUGAGUGGUUUGAUGAUCACCUUGGCACGGCUUGUAUGAAUCUCAUCCCUUUGGUGCAGGCGGAUAACAGAAGCAUGGUUGUCCGACUUGCUGUGGUUGUGAUGAACGAAGAGAAGAAUGACGAUACGGUCAGGGCCCUACAGGAAGCUCAAAAGGAUCAUAAGGACUUGGCCAGUCGCUUUAAGUCCAUGAAUAUCGGCCCGAAGACUGUUCGUGGCUACAAAGACAAGUUCAUCCAAGCCAUUGAGCUAUACGCCCAGGGCCAGUUUGAAGAGACACUCGAGUCAUUCCUUGGUGACCCGGAAAACCUGGAAAAGAAGUUCCGCUGGUACUUCAACGAUCUGUUCACAGUCAAGCAGGGCAUGGAAAGUCUUGUUCCAAAGAAGUGGAAGAUCUUCAAGACAUAUACCGACAUUUACCACCGCAUGAUGCACGAUUUCCUACUUACCAUGAUUGAUGACCCCGAGCUCCCUGCCAGCAAUCUCCUCACGAUCAUUCACUGGAGUGACAAAUAUUACAAGAAGAUGAAGAAGCUAGGAUGUGCUCAGACAGACCUCCAACCCAAUAUUCUGGACGAUCGAGAGCCAGAGCUGGUCCACAAAUGGCAGAGCGUUAUUAUCAACGCCGUCGAAGAAUGGAUGGACAGAAUUUUCAACGCAGACAAGAAGUCUCUCGUCGAGCGUGCCGCAGACGCUCUGGACAAUAAUGCAGAAGGUCACUUCCGCACCAAAACAUUGGCCGACAUGUGGCGUAUGCUGCACGAACAAGUCAUGGCAUCAGGGAGCUCCGAUCGUGCAGACUUGGUGGAGGGCGUCAUUGACGCCAUGUUCCGAGCUCUCAAGAGCCGGCAAAGCGCCUGGCAAACACUAGUCGACGAUGAAUGCACAAAGCACCAGAACGGCAGCGCAGAUCAGGAAGGUGUGCAGCUCUUGCAAGACUGGAUGAUCGGCGUAGCAAACGAUCAGAUUUCAUGCAUCGACGACAACGAGGAAGCCGGGGUAUUCGGCUAUCUCACACGGUUCAAGAAUGACUUUGAGUCACUUGUCACACCCAAGUACAUGGCUACGACAGCUAGCAUCGAACUUGAUGCCUUGCGUGAUGGAUACGUUGACCUGAGCACGCACUGCCUGGCGCAGUUCGUGAAUAUUGUCUUCACGGUCGAUCUUGACACGGUACUACCAGAUAUCUUUACCUCAAGAUGGUACGGUGAAUACGCCAUGAAACGUAUCACUUCUACGUUUGAAGAUUACAUGGCCGAUUACACACCCGUUCUUCAUCCAUCCCUUGCAGAGAUUCUAGUCGAGGAACUUUCCGACGAGCUUCUCGUGCGAUACCUCUCCUCGGUCCGGAACAAGGGUGUCAAGUUCCGCCGCAAUGUGGAUCCAUUCACCGAAAAAUUCAAAGACGACGUCCUCACCGUCUUUGCCUUCUUCGAGAAUUACCCAGACUCUUUCGAAGGCACAAUCAAACAAAAGUGGAGACUUGUUGAAUGGCUUGUUCAGCUUCUCGAUACAGACAAGGGUCCUGCCCUCGUCGCUGUCUAUGAGGGCUUCAAAAUCGAGUACUGGGACCUGCAACUCUCCUGGGUUGAGGCUGUGCUGCGCACUCGUGAUGAUUUCGAGAGGAGCAUGAUCACAUCCAUCAAGGCCAAGGCUGCCGAACUAUCUAUUGAACGUGGAAUGGAGACUAUCAUGAGUCGGAUUCGAUGA